AUGGUUAGCCCUGCCAUUAAACGAAAAUCGGAGCAUCUUUCCGGCCCUGACUCGAAAAAACCCAAAGGUGGAAGCAUCACUGCAUUCUUUGGAGCUCCAAAGCCGAAACCCCUAAGCAAUCAAGCAACUUCAACUUCAACCCCAACCCCACGGCCAAGCAGCUUUAACAAGGCGAAAUGGGUAGCUACCCUGACCCCAGAACAAAAGGAACUAUUGCAGUUGGAAAUUGAUACCUUGGAUGAGAGCUGGCUCGCUCACCUGAAGGAUGAAGUGGUCAGCACUGAAUUCUUAAACUUGAAGCGAUUCCUGAAGAAGGAGAAAGAUUCCAAUGUUAAGGUCUUUCCACCAGAGGAGGAUGUCUAUUCUUGGUCUCGACACACACCUCUCCACAACGUCAAAGUGGUCAUCAUUGGCCAAGAUCCGUAUCAUAAUCACAACCAAGCUCAUGGGCUAUGUUUCUCCGUCAGGGCCCCCGUGCGAGCCCCGCCGUCAUUGCUUAAUAUCUACAAGGGUAUUAAGAUCGACUAUCCUGAUUUCGAGUCACCGCCCGAUAAGGGAGGGCUGCUCAUACCUUGGGCUGAGCGUGGCAUCCUGAUGCUCAACACGUGCCUUACUGUUCGUGCCCACCAGGCCAACAGUCAUUCCAACAAGGGCUGGGAGAAAUUCACACAGAAGGUUAUCGAUCUCGUUGCUCGGGUCCGAACCAACGGCGUCGUGUUCCUUGCUUGGGGCCGGCCUGCCGGAACUAGAGUCGCAAAAAUCAACAAAGAGAAGCAUUGCAUUCUACAAUCUGUGCAUCCCAGUCCUCUGAGUGCGCAUAAUGGCUUUUUCAAAAACGGACACUUCAAGAAGUGCAAUGAUUGGCUUGCUUUGCGGUACGGAGAAGACGAAAUCAUUGACUGGAGCUUAGUGCCAUCCAAAAAGUCUCUGUUGGCUCCUUGCGUCUCUGACAAGGAAGAUUCGACUGCUUUGGCCAACAAGGUGCCAGUUGAGCCUCAAUCUGCCAAGACUGAGGAUGUCAAAUUCCAGCCUAGCAAGGUUGAUGAAUUUGAUGAUGAUGAUGCUAUUGAAGCCCUAGUGGCGGCUGAAGCAGCAAAUUCUUCAAAUCCAAAACGGUGCCGACAUUUAAUCCCCAAAUGGGAGCCCUCCAAUGAUGUGAAUCGACAGUCACCACCCCAAUUGAACCAUGGCCCUGGGAGGCCCAUCCACGGAGAUGACUCCAAUCGCGAACAGCUUCCUACAUCCGCGCACAUAGAUCGAGCGCAGACAACAUCCGAUACUCCACCUUCGUUUUCGGCCCCUGCCACCGAGCGAUUCGUGGGCGAUCUCAAUCCAGAAUCCUUGAUUCGUGAAAGAUUAGAUGAACCGACUGGGAGCCCUCUCCGGGAUCGUAUCGGGCUCUGGAUCAACUCCCCAGCUGCGCAGAAAGCGAAACCUCGGGGCGUACAGAGAGAACAAGCCACAGCCGAAGAAGCGAACAAAUAUGCAGCUAAUACCCCUGCACAAAGGCCAAUUUAUGGCCAAGCUAUUGCAUCGUUACUUCAACAACGGUUUGCCGCGGGGAUGCAAGCAUGCGAACAACUACCCCUCGCGACGCGGCACCAUUUGUCCGCUAUCUACUUCUCCAAGGUGAAUCACAUUGUGCCAAUAGUCGACCAGGAAUUUUCCCAAGCUCAAGCAGAAGGUUUGGCGUCGGUGUUUCUUGAAAAAGCCAUAUGUCUCGCCGCUGCAAAGACCCGCGCGGCCAAUCCCCACUUACGCCUUGUAUCAAACGGCCCAAUCCUACCGUCACGCCAAUUCUGUUCCGAGAUUUACAAGGGACUGGUUGUCGCUAUGGACGCAGAGCUAGAACCGGAUCGGUUGACACGCAUCCGCAUUCUUGCACUAAUGUCCUUGCACUGUGAGGGCCUUGAAGGGGCUGAGGCGGCAUCUCUACACCUCUGUCAAGCUAUCCACCAGGCCCAGACAAUAGGAUUGCAUCUUGGCCGACCGAAUCAAUCAUCCACAGAUUCCCUGACUAAACUCUUCUGGUGUCUAUGGACAUUGGACAAGAUGCAUGCAAGUAUUGGUGGGCGGCCGGUUCUUCUAGCUGACCGCGAUAUCGGGAUCGUGAAACCCAAUGUGAGCGCUCAGACGUCGCGAGGGGCUUUUGAGGUGUGGCUUGCUGUGUCAGAUCUGCUCGCAACUGUGAUAUCGUUCUACCGACCUUCCGCAGAAACCACUAGCGGGUGGGAGGAGGGGUUCCCUGCAUUUGAGGAUAUUGUGGGGGAGAACACCCGAGGUGAUCUGGAUUUUGCUACCCUAGGAUUCUUGGAGCUUUAUUACCAUUCUGUUGCUAUACUGUCCUGUCGGUAUAAACCCACUGAGAAUAUUGAUAGCACCAGGCUCUCGUCGGUCAGGCAAGGACUAGCAGCUGUUCGAAUCCACUCCAUCGUCGCAUCGGAGUGUGUAGAUGACCUACCACCUCUCCCAAUCGUACCAUACUCUGUCACCUUGUCGAUGGGUGUCUCGUACCGCCAACUCCGCUCGAGCAGACUUAUCACGCACGUCGACCGAGCGAAAGCUAGUCUGGAGGCGUGUCGUUCUAUUUUAGAAAAUCUUAGUCUCUACUGGUAUUCCGCCGAGGCGAUGGCCCGGCUGGGCCAAAAAGCCCUGCACCAGAUUCAAGGGAAGCCCCAAUCCUCUCGGACAAACGCUAUGGUUCCACAGCAUGUAGCAGAGUCCUCGCACAAACAAAUCGACACCGACAGCUCGGUAUCAGGGGGGCUAGAGAAGAUCGUUACUGCUCCCCAAGGCAAUGAUUCCCCCCGAGCCAAAAGGCAGUGCAAUAACAGCCAUGAGAUAGCAGCUGUAUCUCCGGCGCCGGAAAUCGCAAUGGACGUCCUUCAAGCUCCACUGGGCGAUCUGGAUACAUCUAUGCAAGAGGGGUUUGCAGACAUUGACACACUGUUUGGAGAGUUCCUAGAUAUCUCUCUACCCACCCAUUUCUGGGAUCCUAUUUUUAUGGAGACUCAAGGGCAAACAAAUGAUCCGCAGUCAUAA